AACAAAGACAGACAUUUUACAUGAUAUAAGAUUAUCUUAGAUUUUUAUAUUGUUUUCAUGUUAAAAGUGUCCUUUUCCAGCUACAUUCAGACGUAUCGUAUUUUUUUUUCAUUGGACGGUUUUGAUUGGCUGUCGCUUCGCCACGUAUCACAUAAAGAUAAAAGACAGAAAAUGGUUAUAAAGUACCUUACAAUACUGUGCGAAUUGUGCGUUUUGAUGGUUUCGUCAUCAAUAGUUAAACGUUCUUAUCAGGAUUUCCCAUUACAAAUGUGCCCACAGAGUGCUGUUUGCUCAGACAUCUACGGAUUGCCGUCACAAGGUCUCGGACCAGCGUCCUAUAUGAUUCAGUUUAAAUGCAAAUGUCCGAGCGGUUCUGAAUGUCCCUCCAUGCCUGGGCCACAAACGUUAACGACCGAUGUAGAUAGAUGGUACGGCUUGUGUCAACCUGUUGAAGAUAUACCUCAGUGCCGCCAACCAGGGGAGAUCGCAGAACAAGUUAUCGUUGACGGCCCCGAAUUAAGUACUCAGACAUAUGUUAAGGUGCAUUGUACGUGUCCUGGUCAUCUAUUUAAUGACCGUAGUCCGGCAACGGUUUGGAGAGAUUCAGCCCCCAGUUCCAGUGGUGCUAAAUACGUGCACAACCUUAUGUGCAAUAAUGGUAAUGAUGACUUAAUGACAAAACGAGGACGUUAUGGUGGCGGUGGGAGCCGGUCAAGAGGACGUUUCUAUUUUUACAAAAAAUAAAAAAUGGCUGCAUUAGUUUUCAAUAAACGUUAUGCUCAUUUAAAUGAAAUGAUAUAUAAACUUGAAGUUAAAAAGACUACAAUGCAUAUUCAAUUACCAUACCGCCGGUGAAUGGCUUAUUUUGAUUUAUUUAAAAAAAAUGAAAUAAAAGAACCCGCACUAUUGUUGAGAUAAGCAAUUGUUUUAAACGAGCCGAAUCAGCGCUAUAAAUGCAACAAACAUGACAACCACAACUUUUGACAAAUGGGUCACUCUAGAGCUGUAUCGCAUAACAUUUAUACCAUAAAACAAAUCUUAUUCUACACUCAAUGACUUUACAAACGCCUUAUUCAUUCUUACGGCAAUUAUUUCAUUCUUGCAAUUUGUGUAGAAAAAUUUUGUUAUUCAUUAUCUCCAAUGAUGUACAGCACAUCUUUUGUGAAUCAUUAUAUCUGCACGAGGACCUUUCGUUGUAAUUCAUGACAUACAAUAUUCACAGCGUUGAUAUACAAAAUGCUGUAUAUCGCGACGCGACAAGAUCAAACAACAUCCAAUUACUUCAAUAGAUUUUUUAAUAGAGUAAUAAAAUAAGAAUCUAUAAUUACAAACAUUUCUAGACAGGCUGUGGUAAAGUGAACAUUAUUUGACACCACCACGCGAACAAUUUAGUUUGCGUCAAAGUCACAUGUGUUGGCGUGUUGCUACGUAAAGUCAGCCGCAUAUUUUAUCAUUGGAAAAAAUGGUCAAUUUACCUACCUGUUAACGAUGUAUAGGCCAAAAGAGAGAUUCGAUAUUCAGAACUUAUUGGCGGUAAUCACGUUUCUGUUUGUACAGACAAAAUUUCACCUCAAAACACUUACCUUUUAUGUAUGUUUUACAAAUAUGUAUACUAUGAAAUUUUUCUUAAUGUCUAGAUCAGGUGUUUUAAUGUUCUUAAGUGUAUAUCAGCCCAUCGAAGCAACUGAAUAUUUGUGCGUUUACAGACUUUGAAUGUUCUUAAAUUUGCAGGAAUGUGCGCCGUGUAACAUGAAUACUUAGAAAAAGACUCUUUAUUUUUUUUACUCGAUAUUCAUUUUUAUCAACUGCAUAACAUACUAAUUUUAAGUAAAAUGGGUCAAAGAAAACGUCUAUAAAAUUUGUUAAUUUAAAAGCAAUCUUACUUUGUACUGUAAAAAAGAUAUAUUGUGUUAAAAUAAAGCUCCUUACAAAGCUGUA